GAAAGGGUGUACAGUAUUUAUCCCACCGUUAAAGUCCGUGAGGUUUCCUUCGUUCGCAACUAGUAGAGACCACAUACCGGUACUCCACAUCGCCACGGCCGUCACAACAACAACAACAACCGCAGCAGCAGCGAAUACGAUUGGCUACCCUACCUGUUGUACCUUCCAGACAUUCAUGUGGUGAGAAAAUACCGUAUGGUGGCGACCACUACCCAAUAUGACUACAGCAUUGAAGAUGCGAAAGACGAUACGGGGGUGGAUGACAAGGACAUUGUUGGCGAUGACGACGAAGUUUGGCACUACCUCUACAACAUUCCGGAAGCGAAUUCGGGUUACGGUUGGUUCGACAAUGAAAUGGCAUUAUUGUGUCAAUCCAUCGACCUGAAUUCCCGCAAGUUUACGAAUAGUCCCCGUCCCUACGAUAAGCGACCAGCCGAUGUUCCUGCACAGCAUCCGAUACGGGCGGUGGCCAAAGUCCUAGAUUUGGCCCCUCCGGAUUCGACCAUCCGGAUCUAUUGCUACGCCUUGUCGGACCCCUUUGCAUUGGAUCUAUUCACUCAUCAUGGGGGGGAUAAAACCGUCAAGAUCAUUAUGCAGCCUUGUGACCGGUCCGUUGGCCGCAUCAAAGAAUUUUUGAAGAGGUUGGAAAGGGUUAACAGCUACGAUGUCUUUUACUCGCGAGUCCAACUUCGAAUUGCCGACACUACCCAGCGCGGGUGCACGCGGUACUCUUCCAUGCACGACAAAAGAUUGAUGACAAACAAGAAUUGCCUGGUCGGAUCAUACAACAUGACCCCUGUGGCUAGGUGUGCGAACUGGGAGGCAAUGGCCCUGACCGAAACAACCCAGCAAGAAAUCGACGGUUUUGACGCCCUUUGGGAAACCCUGCGAGGUCGUGAAAUUGAAAAUGUUUAUCCAUCUUUCUACCCCGAUACAUUUAGAGUGCCAAAACGUCGUCGCGAGUCAUAGUUUAAUUUGUGCGAUGCGGCGGGUGUCUCUGUCCCUCAUUGCGUUGAACAAAUCAAGGCCUAGUUACGACGUAAAUUGGAACUGUUAUUCGGUUUUAU